AUGAAACGGACGCUCAGAAGGCAUGAAUGGCAAUCCGUUUCCGAAGGCACUAUCAUAAUUCCCGCGACAACCUAUCCCCAGCGAUGGAAGAAUGAUGCUGCUAUUCUACGGUUUCUUCGCAACAAGACUAAUAUUCCGCUUCCACCUGCAGAAUGCACGUUCGAAGAUGACGGAGCCUUUUAUCUCCAAACGCAACAUGUGCAGGGAGUCAACAUGAAUGAGUUGACACAAGAGGAAAAGGAGAUAGUGAUGCAGGAGCUAGGUCAACAUAUAGCGACCUUGAAGUCUCUACGAUCGGACACACCUGGCGUGCCUGGCGAAUCCCUCCUAUGUCCUCCUCAACGGGUCACCGGCGGGCGGUGGAAGUGUAACAGCUGCUGGAAACCAAGGGACGCCAAGGGAGAUUACAUUUUUUGCCAUAACGAUCUCGGCCAGCAUAACGUGAUAGUCGGCCCCGAUACCCUUGCGAUAAAAGCUAUUAUUGACUGGGAGUUUGGUGGAUUCUGGCCUGCAUGGUUCGAGAGACCUUUUUGGAAGCGGCCCGGACCCACAACCAUCGGCACUGCCCUCGUCCCCAUCGGUCUGCUCUGGUGGGGAUGGACCGGCGAAGCCAGGCUGCACUGGAUCCUUCCCAAUAUCGGCUGCCUGUUAUUCGCCAUGGGCGUGUACAUAUGCUCCAGCUGCGUAUCCGUGUACACUAUUGAUACGUACGGCCGAUACGCGGCGUCCGCCAUCUCGACAAACCUGAUGGCACGGAGCAUUACGGCUGCCUUCUUUCCGCUUUUCGCGCCCUACCUGUUUGACGCCCUGCACUUUGGCCUCGGCGCCACGGUUUUAGCGGGUGCUUUUGCCAUGUUCGGCACAAUGGCCAGCCUCUGUGAAGCUAAACUUGGGGAUCCGAUAAGAGCGGCGGAUGCGGUUUGUUACAUCCCUGCCCGCCAAUCUUGGCGGCCAGGCUACUUUACAAUGCAGCAUAUAACUGUGUGGUCGGUGUAUUUCCAUAAUCCUAUCAAUGCGAUCGAUUCGGAGAACCCAGACCUACUGAAGGCGCAGGGCUCCGACAACGGAAAUCCCGGAAGUGUGGUUGUAAGUGGAUGGUCGUGGCAGAGCCGUUCGAGGAGGAUAAGUGGCUUUUACGACAGCACUCAAACCCCGAACACAGCCAGCAUAACCACGGGCGUAACAUCGGGCCAUCUGCACACCCCUCCCAUAGGAUCCUCACUACGCCUAUUAGGGCUACAAUUGAAUCAACAAGCCGCAGAGUUGGAAUCCGAGCUCGUGCUGGCUAUCGUCCAGGAGCAACAUCCAGAGUAUAUAUUUACACGAAAGGAUAUCUACAACGCCAGGUCUCUUAUCAACCGCGAUAAAUUCGGUGGAUAUACACCUACAGCAACACUCAGCAAGCUCUUCGACGAGAGGGAGAUGUCCUAUCUCGUCAGGUGGGCGGACGAUAACCCGAAUCGUCGUUUUGGCCUUGUCUGGACCUUUCCCUACUGUCUUCAGAUGUGGAAGCGGUUCCCUGAGGCCAUCAGCUUUGAUAAAAACGUAUAA